CAGAGUGCUCCAAUAUGGCGGCCCCCGUGGAUCUGGAGUUGAAGAAGGCCUUCACAGAGCUUCAAGCCAAAGUCAUUGACACUCAGCAGAAGGUGAAGCUUGCAGACAUACAGAUAGAACAGCUAAACAGAGCGAAAAAGCAGGCGCACCUCACAGACACAGAGAUCAUGACGCUGGUGGAUGAGACUAACAUGUAUGAAGGCGUCGGGAGAAUGUUUAUUCUACAAUCCAAGGAAGUAAUUCACAACCAGCUGUUAGAAAAACAGAAAGUAGCAGAAGAAAAAAUUAAAGAACUGGAGCAGAAAAAGUCCUACCUGGAGCGGAGUGUUAAGGAAGCCGAGGACAACAUCCCAGAGAUGCUGAUGGCAAGGAGGGCACAGUAGGAGCUGCUGGCAGUGUCCUCUCCUCCUGACCCCUGCUAGCCUGUCAAGGCAGGGG